AGGUCUAUACUCUAUGGUCCUACGAGAUUUUUUAAAUAAAAUCAAAAUAUUUUUCAAAAUUUCUCACCAAAGUGAGUUUUUUAUUUUAAAAUAGAAAUGAACAAAGUAAUUUCGUUAUGUCGUCUAAAAAGUAUUUUAGACUUUCGAACAAUUACUAUGAAAAUAUCAGCUGAUGGUAAGAAUAUACCCAAACAAAAAUUUUUAGAGAAUCGAAUUACUUUGAUCAGUCCAGAUAACGCUAUAGCUAUUACCGAUCUUAAAAGUGCACAAAGUUUAUCUGUAAGAAGAGACUUGAAGUUAGUGAAAAUCCAAGAUGAGGAUUCAAAAACUAGGCGUCCAGUUUACAAAUUAAUGACAAAUGCAGAAUAUCAUCAAGAAGAACUUUUAAGAAGAAAACAAAAGCAAGAAGAAAAACAAAAUAGUGCCAUAAAGGGGCAGAAGCUGGUGACAUUGUCGUCACGUAUAGCUGUACACGAUUUAAUGACAAACAUAAAAAAAAUUGAAAAAUUACUUGCAAAGCAUUAUGAAGUGAAGGUGGUGGUAACUGGAGAAGACAAUGAGAAAUACUCAACCUAUGAUACAAUAUAUAAUACAAUGGAGAAAAAUCUUCUAUCUAGUGGAAAACUUGUGCAAAGAAGAAACAAGGGCAACACACUAAAGUUUCAGAUUCUACCAUCACGGGAAAGUAGUGGUGGCAAGGAUCCUAGUGAUCAGAAUAACAAUAAGGGCCCUCUAUGACUAGGUGUGAUAAUUUCAUGUAUUUUAGUGUACAAGUAUAUGAUACUUACUAAGUAUUUUCUUAAAAAAACUUCUCAUGAAGUAAGUAAUUCUGGUGAAAAUUCCAACAGUGGAUUUGUUUAAAAUUUAACUAUUGUACAUAUAUACAUAAUGGAUUAUUUAUUUAAGCUUUAAGUUUUAAAAUUCAAAUUAGAUAGAUUUUAAUACAA